GGACUCAUGGGACGAGCCCUUCCCGCCGGCGUCAUCGAAGCUCCGGCUUAUGUGCAGCUAUGGCGGCCACAUCGUUCCCCGGCCUCACGACAAGUCGCUCUGCUAUGUCGGCGGCGACACGCGAAUCGUGGUGGUUGAGCGAACAACUUCACUCGCGGACCUGUCCACGCGCCUCUCAAAGACGUUCCUGAAUGGAAGACCGUUCAGCCUCAAGUACCAGCUCCCGAACGAAGACCUGGAUUCUUUGAUUUCUGUUACCACCGACGAGGACCUCGACAACAUGAUCGACGAGUAUGACCGAACCAACAACAACCCUUCCGUGAAACCCUCGCGAAUUCGGCUCUUCCUCUUCCCAACAAAGCCUGAAUCGGUUCAGAGUAUUCCGCCCAUUCUAGAAAGUUCCGCCAAGUCUGAUGAUUGGUUCCUCAACGCCCUAAACGGCUCUGGAUUGCUCAACCGGGGUUUCUCUGACUCUGCCUCUGUGAAUUGCCUUUUGGGUCUCGACGACGAUGCUUCGGGGAAUAAUGUUGACCAUAGCUCAAGGGACCCUGUCGAGGCUUCUUCUCAGCCUGGAUCUUUUGGAAAUGGCAAGAAUCCCAAACAGGAGGUUCAUUCUGUUCCCGAUUCGCCUAUGCUGGAGACUACUUCUUCGUUUGGCUCUACUUCUUCAUCGCCGUCGCUGGCCAAUUUGCCGCCGAUUAGGGUUCAUGUGGAAGAUGGCAGCGGUGGCGGCGGGGUUAGGAUGGUGCAGGAUCACAAGGUUUUGGGAAUUGAGGAGCAGUUUGCGCAGAUGGGUGUGAGUGUUGCCGGUGGAUUGGGGCAGAAGCAAGACGAGGGGCUGGUGGUGCUUUCUUCGCCUCCGCCUCCGCCUGUGCCGGUCACUCUAUCUGCCGCUGGGGUGGGUGUGCCUGUUAGCUCAGCGUUGGUGUCUGGGGAGUACCAGAACAGGGUUUUCUCCGAUGAUGAGAGAUCGGAUCAUAGCGUGCCUGUGGGUUACAGAAAACCACCGACACCUCAGCCACAGUUGCAGCAACAACCACAGCUUCAGCCUCAGCCUCAGUCUCAGCCGCAGCAAACACAGUCACAGUCACAACCUCAACAUCAACAGGUUUUACAGCCUCAAUUUCAACCCAAGUCAACUGGCGUCGUUGAUUUGCCUUCUCCAGAUUCAGUUUCAAGUGAUAGUAGUCUUUCAAAUGCAAUCUCUCGGCAAAAAGCUGUGAUCUAUCAAGACCAAGUUCAGAUUCAGCCUGGGACUACAAGGGUUCCUAGUAACCCGGUUGAUCCAAAACUAAACGUGUCCGAUCCUCAUGGUCGGAUCCAGAUGCAGCAGCUUGUACAGGACCCAGGAUACUUGUUGCAACAGCAAUUUGAACAACAGCCGCCGCCACAGCAGCCUCAACAGCAACAACAGCAGCAGUUCAUUCAUGGUACUCAUUUCAUUCACCAUGCUCCUCCUGGGGCCGUGCCGAUUUCCGCCUACUAUCCAGUAUAUCCUUCCCAGCAACAGUCCCACCCCCAGGUUUACUACGUUCCUGCGAGACAGCCCCCGGCUUACAACAUGCCUGUUCAGCAGCCUAACAUGGCUGAAUCCGCCUCAAACAUUCCUUCCAGCCGUCCCCAGACUCCACCAAAUCCCACCACAUUGGUUCCACCUUCUGCAGCUUACAACCCCAUGAGAAAUGCUCCCAUGCCCAAGACUGAAAUGACGGCAGCUGCAUACAGAGCUGUGAGUGCCGGUACCCCUCAAUUGGUUCAAGUUCCUACCAGUCAGCAUCAGCAACAGUAUGUUGCUUACUCCCAGAUUCACCACCCUUCUCAGUCUAUUGCUCAAAAUUCUGCUCCCCCUCCUAAUUAUGCUUUUGAUUAUGCGGAUCCGGCACAUGCUCAGAUAUACUACUCUCAACCUCUGGCACCCUCAAUGCCUUCUCAGUACCAGACCAUGACAGCCGCUGCCAUGGUAAUGCCGGACGGUUCCACUCAGCAACCCUCGGACAACAUGAAGCAACAGAUAAGAACUUCACAGCCAUUAUAAACUUGUCAUUAAAACAAAAGUGAAACAAUUUUGAAGAAAACCGGUUUGGUUUGCCCUUUUUAAGUUUUAUAUAUGUAGUUCCAGUCGGUCAGUCAUGUUUGGUGCAUGUUUGUGGUUAUCUAUUUGCAUAGAAAAAUAAGAAAAGAAACUGUGAUAAUCUUCUUCUCAUCCCUGUAAAAGGAAAUUGGUCCAAGGUUUAUACUGUAAAAGUUCAAGUCUCUAAAACAUUUUAUUGUGAAGGUCAUAUAUCAAUUCCUGAAAUGAUUGUCAUAUAUAAAUAUAUUUUGCCAUUGUUUUCUUUUC